AUGCCCGGCUCAGAGACUCAAGAGAACAAGCCUCCAGCAGGAUACCCAACUGAGACUCCUACCACCGGGAAGAAAUGCUUUCCUCACACAAAAAAGAAGGGAGACAGAGGCUUCAUUGAGGGAUGUGCGAAUCGCACCAGAGAAAAGAAGAGUGAGAACAUAUACAAGUGA